GUUCACUUUUAAAAAAACUUUUGCUGAUAAUUUACUCACCCCCAUGUCAUCCAAGAUGUCCAUGUCUUUCUUUCUUCAGUCGAAAAGAAAUUAAGGUUUUUGAUGAAAACAUUCCAGGAUUUUCCCCCAUGUAAUGGACUGUAAUGGGACCCAAACGGUUCAAGGUCCAAAUGACAGUUUCAGUGCAGCUUCAAAUGGCUGUAAACGAUAUCAGACGAUGAAUAAGGGUCUUAUCUAGCGAAACGAUCGGUCAUUUCCAAAAUAAAUAAAAAAGUUUAAGUUUUAUAAGCACAAACGCUCGCCUUGCUCUGUAGUGUGAUGCACGUUGAAGACGUCACGUAAUACGCAAUUACGUUGAAAAGGUCAAGCUUGACGUAGGCGGAAGUACCGUGUCAGUGUUUACAAGUUGAACGUGCAAAGAAAAUUAAACGCCGUUUACAAAAAAAAAGGAAGUUAAAAGGUAAAACAACGAUGUCGGACGAUUUUGAACUUAGAAGAGAAGAUGAGAUGGAGUUUUUCGCCCUGCCCUACCUUUUUGAACCGGAAUACACAGAGGAAGAAAUUAGGCAGAUGGACGAGAGUGCUGCGGCGACACACACCUCUCAAGCAUCGGGCAGACGAAGAUCUAACGAGACGUGGUGGUGCACAUGUGGCAAAUGCCAACCUUUGCCAACAGAGGAAGAAUCUCAAUGCUGCCACGACUGGACCAUUUCAAUCCCGCCAUUAGAAUCAAUCAUUGAGUCAGCUGGUGAGACCCUGUUUACAUCUCGCUGCAUUACCCAACAAAAUGGAUUUCCACCGUUACUGAGCAACAGCGUGUUAGAGAUGUUUUUUAGUUUGCCCAAAAUUAACUGGAGACGCCGUCCGAGGCCCCAAGGACCUGGUGGCACCCUAACAGUUGAUCAAUAUAGGCUGGUGGCAUACCGGAUAGUUUUGGAAUGGAUGCUGAAAGGGGAGAGAUUGGGAAGACGCAACAGGAGGGUUCUUCCAUCCUGUGUUGUCAGUGCCAUCAGACUGUCAUACCCUUCUCCAUCAGGACAGUAUGUAGGCUUCAGAGAAGCAGAAGAGGCUUUUGGUCUUUUGUAGGAAUAAUAAUUUGAAAUACAAUUUGAAUUACAAGGUUACAUUUUUUAUAUACAUUAUAAUUUGUUGUGGCUUGGUUAGUAUGUUUGUUACUGUAUUUGCUGUUUUUUUUUUGCAUAGUCAAUGUUAUUUGUUGUUGUAUAUAAAUCAACACUACAUACUUAUUGAUGUCUCACACAAAUGUUUAUUUUGGAAGAAUAAAACAAAUUUGAGAAAUACAUUCAUUGAUGUUUAAUUCCAACUGAUGUGGGGUACCAUCAGUAAGGACCAUAUAUUUCACACUAACACCAUAAAUAUUUUGUUUGUUUCACCAACAGUGUUUUCUGUUUUUGCCCCAAUAAGAAAAAAAUGUGAAAAAAAAAAAAAAAAAAAAAAAAAAAAAAAAUAUAA